AUGCCCCUCUCUUCCUCCUUCCAAGACAUUAUUUGCAAGAGCACGUCACUGCUUUACAGCAGCACGUCACAGCUGUCAGCAGCCGAGGAGACCUUUUUCGCAAUGGAUAAAUCACCGCCAAUCGUGUUCAUCGCCAGGCAUGGCGCGCGUCUUGAUGCCGCGGACAAGGACUGGCAUCUCACCUCCCCAACACCCUACGAUCCGCCUCUCUCCUACGGUGGCUGGAUUCAGUCUCGCGCUCUCGGCGCUCGGAUUGCGAGCCUCUUGCAAGCUCGUGAAUUCACAGGCGUAGAGCCCUCGGGCAGUCCUCCGACCUCGGCCCAGUCGACUUCCAAACCGGUGCCGUCCCCAUCGGCCUUGUCCCACCGAUACAGAAUCGUCAUUCACACGUCUCCGUAUUUGCGAUGUCUCCAAACGGCCAUCGCGCUCAGUGCCGGCAUUCACCAGCAUCGCCCGGGUGGUGACACUCCAGGAGUGACCAGCCCGACUCCUGGACCCGCGGAGACCAUUCCCGUCAGUCCUCGCUGUCUCCUGCGGGUGGACGCUGUUCUUGGCGAGUGGCUCUCUCCGGAUUAUUUCGAGCACAUCACACCACCCCCCAGCUCCGAGCGCAUGGUUGCGGCCGCCAAGGCAGAACUGCUGCGUCGCGGCGAAGGCAUCACGGCCGCGGUCGAUAGAUCCGCUCGUUCAUCCUCAGGGCAUUUUCCCGGAGGCUGGAGCAAUCACUCAAAUCCCAUCUCUCCGGCUAGUGACGACGAUGGCCACCGCUUGACGGGCCACGGGGCUUCUCAGUCCUUGUCCCAGCAAGGCCCGCGACAGCGUGCCAGCACCUAUGAUACUCUGCGAAGCCCCAUAGAGACGGCCCGCGGUAAGAGUACGCUGAGUCGCAUCAAUACGGAUCUGUCGCCUUCUGUCGAUGGCGGGUACGUGCCCCCGACACCUGGCUACGCCGUCUCCGCGUCGGACCCAAUACCGAUAGGGUAUGUUACGCAUGCACGAGACGCUUGCACCCAAAUAGAUUACCAAUGGGACAGUAUGCGCCCGCCGCAGAGUUGGGGCACCGGUGGUGAGUACGGGGAGGAGUGGAGCACGAUGCAUGAACGAGUACACGCCGGUUUUAAACGGAUGGUGGACUGGUACCCAGAGCACCCGCCGUCCGCUUCCAAUCUGUCGCAUUAUUCGCAGUCAACCCAUGACGUUCAAGCCCAGCCUGAGCCACAAACGGUUCUAGUCAUUGUUACCCACGGCGCUGACUGUAAUGCCUUGAUCAGCUCGCUGAGCGGCCACUCGGCCUUUCUCGAUAUCGGGACGGCCUCGCUCACCAUGGCAGUGCGCCGGGACCGAGGGGUUGACCGACCUUCCUCCACGUCGGACAGUGCCAGUGAUUCGUCCAGCCGUCCCCGGAAGGAUGGGUCGGUCGCACAGGAAUAUGUCCUGCAGCUCAUGGCGUCAACCGAUCACCUGCCAUCCACUCUCGCCACCUCCGAUUCCGACAUAUCGCAACCGUCUGGGCUCCCGCCCAUCCCCCUUCCGGGCGCAUUCACGAUCGGGUCAACGGGGUCCGCCAGCAGCCCCCGCGGCUGGGCUCUUGCAUCGCACCCAUUGACUGGUCCACGGGGUGCGUCAGGCCUUUGGGGUUCUAUUUCAUCGCCGGCCGAUAAAGUGGACGACACCGAAGAUGACUUUGUGCCCAAUUUUGGUGAUCCGCGAACCGCGAGCCAGGGCUCCCAUGGCUCCGAGCUGACCGGUGACUCCAGAUGGGCCCAGCAAUUACCGCAGCGUACGCUCUCUCAGCGGGGCCUGUGGGGGAGUGCGCCGGCCCUAGAAGACCGCGACACGGGGAUGAAGCGCCGGUGGACGGUAGCGGAACAGAAGCUGUGA